AUGGCCCACGCCUGGUCUGACCUUCCGAAAGCCCUGGGAGGAGAGAGCACCAUCGGCAAGCUCAACGAGGCCUUGGGGACUGACGGCCAGUACCGAGCAUUCACCACCACAGAUGCCAUUGUCAAUCCUGUGACAUUCGGCAUCAAGUCUGCCGACAAUGAUUCCACAAUCCUCGUCAACGUUGCCAAUGGCAAGGGGAGCGCCGAACUGGGCAGCCCGGACAAAGCCAAAUUCACUCUCGUAGCACUCCCGGAGCAAUGGGAAGAGUUCUUCAAGCCCGUCCCCAAGAUGCCUUACCAGAGCUACUGGGGGAUGUACGGCAUGAACAUCAAGCAACAGGGUGUCGAAGCGACGGGCGACCAAGAGGCCUUCGGGCAGUACGCCCACGUCUGGCGGCGGGCGCUCGAGCUCCUCCACGAUGCGCAUUGCGGGCCCACGCCACUCGACGAAGACGCGGCCGAGACGGACGACGACUACAUCACGGGGCGCUACAUCUACGUGACAGCGCCGGGAUGGGGACGCUGCAAGAUCUUCGUCGAGAAGUCGGGCGUGGGCAAGCAGCCGAUCCUCUUCCUGCACACGGCCGGGUCGGACAGCAGGCAGUACCACGGCGUGAUGAACGACCGGCGGCUGCGCGACCGGCUGACCAUGUACGCCUUCGACCUGCCCGCCCACGGCCGCAGCUUCCCGCCGCAGGGCUACCUGCCGGGCGCGCACACGACGACCGAGGACGCCUACGUCGGCUGCAUCGCCCAGGUGGUGGCGAAGCUGCAGCUCGUCAAGCCCAUCAUCUGCGGCGCCUCCAUGGCCGGCCAGGCCUGCCUCGCCAUCGCCAUGCGCAACGCCGAGGUCAAGGCCGGCGGCACCAUCCCGCUGCAGGCCUGCGCCCGCCUCACCAUGUCCCGCUUCCACCACGACAAGUCCCCCUCCACCAACGCCGCCCUCUUCGCCCCCGAGUCCGUCCUCGGCAUGAUGUCCCCCACCGCCCCCGCCCGCAACAAGGGCCUCCUCUACCACACGUACUCCGCCCAGGCCUACGGCAUCUUCCACGGCGACCUCGACUUCUACUUUGGCGGCUGGGACGGCCGCGCCCGCCUGGCCAAGAUCAACACCGCCGCCUGCCCCGUCUACAUGCUGACCGGCGAGUACGACUGGUCGACGACGCCCGACGUGGCCGAGGCGACGGCCAAGGAGAUUCCAGGCGCUAAGCACACGGUCAUGGAGGGACUGGGGCAUUUCCCGGCGACGGAGAAUCCGGCGAGGUUCGUGCCGUAUCUGUUGGAGGGGGUCGAGUGGAUUCAGAGGGAGAGAAAGGAGAGGGGGGAUCUGAGCGUGUUGAGGAUGACGGAUGAUUGA